AUGUUCAACAAGGGUGCCGUCUCGAACACGGAGCCUCCGGCUUGGAAGCGUCGUGCUCCCAUCAAGUUGCCGACUGCAGACAAACCAGAUGAGCCCAAGAAGAGCGCGCUCGCUACAGCAAAGAGCUCCGAGUCGCUCCUGGAUGCAGCUGUCCAGGAGCGUCGACUGCGCGAGGAACAGGAACGUCGUACCGCUCAAGAAGCACGCGAUGCGAUGGCCAAGCAGUCGUCGUAUGACCUCGAGAGUGACCACGCGUACAACCACGCUGUCAAACAGAAAGAGUACGAACGCUCGGUGGAGCAGAAGGCCAAGGAAUCGCUCUCGCAGUUCACAAGCGACGGAAAGACGUUCGAGGCCGAGAAACGAGACGAGCAGCGUCGGCUGGAGGAGAUUGAACGUAAGAAAGAACAGGACACCAAGAAUCUUCACGCGACCACGUCGUAUUCAACCGAGUACGAUCAGACGUACAAUCACCACGCUAAACAGCGUGAAACGACGUCAAAGGCGGAGCAGGAUGCACAGAAAGCGCUGAGGAAUUUCGCUGGCGGGAAAACGUACUUCGAGGAGCAGCUAGAGGAGAAGAAGCGUCUGCAGGAACUGGAGCGACAGAAGGAGCAACAUGCCAAAGAGGCGUCUGCCAAGAACAACUACUCGUCGCCAGAGUUCGAUCACGCGUACGUGCAUGCGAAGGAGGUCGCGCAGGUGGAGAAAGAGGCCGAGGAUAAGGCCAAGGCUGCGUUGCUAAAGUACGACCAGCACGACGUCUCGCAUGAGUAUAGCAUGAAGAACGGCAUGAUGGUGUCCAAGCAAGCUGCCGUGUCUGGAACCCCCAAAGCCAAGCGCUACCCGUUCACAGACCCUGCGGCACGAAUUAAGAAGCCUAGUCCUCAAGCUAUCAAGGCACUGGCAAGAUUCCAAGAGCAACUCGCUGAAAGCCGUGCACGUGAGGAGCGAAAAGCGGCUGAUGCAGCUUCGCGCAAGACUUCGUGGGAGUCUGGCCGCAAGAUGUCGAUUGAAUCGGUUGAAUCGAUGGGAUCGGUGCGCAAACAGUCCUUUGAGGAGGUUGAUAUUGAGCAGAUCAAGGCUUCAGUGGAUGGAGCCAAGCUCGACGUGAGAUCUGCCGCUCUGAAGUUUGCUGACAUGGAUCGCAAAGCUGCGGAAUCGGCCAAGCAGAACAAGAAGCCGAUGACGUUCAAUGGCGUGACCUAUGGUCAGAGUGGGCGAGUCUUUCGUACUAAAGAGCAGGAACAGAAAGAGACUCAACGCAAGAACGACAUGGCUACACGGAUUCAGUCCCGUGUGCGUGGAGUUAUGGCCCGCGACGCCUAUAGCGAAAGAGUGUCUUCAGCCGAGAGAAUAGCAAUCCGCAUCCAAAUGGAGUUCCGACGACGUCAAGCUCAGAAGCAGCUAGAAGACUUGCGCCAGCAACUGCAGCCGGAAUCGCUAUCAGACUGA